AUGGCUCGAUGCGGCCGAGAUGGAGUGCGGCUACUGUCGAAUAUUGCUGUAUUAUUAGUUUUUGUGACCCAAGUCAGGGCGGUGGACAAGUUCUGUGUCUUGGACACCAAGGUGCAGGCUGGCGGUGUGGUCAGCCUCAAAGGCGACGUGAUCGUGCCGGUGCCGGCGAAGCUCCAGACGACAACAGACGUGCCCCUGUACGGCGACAUUGCCAUCGUGUUCCCCACAGACAAAUGCCCGGUCCCCAGUGAGCUGGCGGCGGCGCUGGCUGACGCCUUCCUGGCGGAGCCCACUGGCAGCAAAAGCGGCGUGCACAUCGACCGCCUGGCGGGCACGGCCGAGAUGGACGGCUUGGUUCUCGGCACCAUUGCCAUCCAGGACCAGCAGGGCCAUGUUUUCUCGACUGCCCCCAUUGGCAAAGACGGCGCCCUCCAAUUUGAGCUGCGCUGCGUCGCCGGGAAGGGCGUGGUAGAGUCAGAUAUUGUCGCGGUCGCCCCUAUGGAGCUAUCAAAGGGCACUCCGCUGCCGGGAAAAAACUGCUUCGUGCGGACCUCAGCCAUCGGUGACGUCACCAUCGACUGCUCCAAGCUGGAGCUGGACGGGCACAUCGAGACGCCCGAGGCGUCGGCGGACAUCCAGAUCUCUGGAAACUUCCAGGCGGUCGGGAACGUGGCUGCCGGGCGGCUGGUGGACGCGGCCCUAUUCCCAGGAGCUCCUGUGGCCAAGCCGCAAUCAAACAAGUGCACUGCCCCCGCGGUGUGCCCCGUCUUCACCGGGCAGCUGCUGAGCAGCUGCGACACGGCGAUGGAGUACACGAGCCGCACCGCCUACAAGGGAUACUCGUGCAGUGUCAAGGGCGGCUUUGGGGCUCUAGUCAAGAAUAUCACAGGCGUCUGCAACGUCCGCGGCACUAAGCUGCCAUUCGGCGACGGGCCCCUUGGGCUACAGCCCGGCGCGGUGUUUUCUGGCGCCUCCCGCGGCGAGGCCUCCUGCAAGCUCGUCGCGACCCUCUCCCAGGACUCCCAAAACCCCCUCGAGUGCGUCGGCAGCUCCUGCACCUUUGCAGAGGGCAGCGCAAGCUUCUCGUGCGCCAGGGCACGGUGCGGGUGCCCCGCCAAGGGCAGCUGCAUCCCAAUCGUGCAGAGCAUCCUGAACAACAUGAAGAACUCAUCAGUGGGCAUUGAUUGCAAAUCCAGCGGCGAGUGCACCCUGGCCGGCAUCCAGCCGCGCCUGGACCUGCACUGCGACGCAGGCGAGUGCACGCAGCCCGAGGUGCCGCCGGCCCGGCUCCCGUCGCUCGACGCGCCGCCCGCAAAGCCGUUCCCGACGGUUGCAAUGGUGGCCUGUAUUGCCCCCAUCGUCCUCGCUGUCCUCGGCUCUCUCGGCCUUGCAUACGUUGCCGUCAGCCGCCGCCUGUUCAGCAGCGGCGACGGCGGCCGCCGCGGCGACGACCAGGGCAUCGGCCGCAGGAGCAUUGCGCUGGCGGAACAGAACGGCCCCUGCGGCGGCGGCAGGGUCCGCCUCCUGCCACACGAGGUCAUGGGACACCCUGUGAGGUUUGAAUUCACGGGCAUCUACUGCGCCGUGCCCGACAGGGGUGCCACCGACGCGCCCGCCGCGGCCGCCGCCGCUGGCAAGUCUUUCAGCGGGCUCUCAGAAGUGGGGGACCUGCAGACGUCCCUCGAGCGGCCAAGCUCGCCCCUCGGCGGCCUCGACGGCGUGGCGGAGGGCGGCCGGCGCCAGCAGAAGCUGCUGCUACACGGUGUCAGCGGCGCUGUUUCUCAGGGUGAGGUUGUCGGCGUGAUGGGGCCGUCUGGCGCAGGCAAGAGCACGCUGCUGUCCAUCCUCUCUGGCGCCACAGAGUCUGUGGGCGCCGGCGCGCGCGUCGACGGCUCCGUCACGCUGGGCGGCGAGGCGCGGCGCAGCGUGCUGCGCAAGGUGACGGCUUUUGUGCCGCAGAAGGAUGUGCUGCUGCCUGCGCUGACAGUGGAGGAGUGUGUGCGCUACAGCGCGCUGCUGCGGCUGCCCAGGAGCCUUGGGGCGGAGGAGAUCCAGGAGCGCAUCGAUGGCGUGCUGGCGGAGCUCGGCCUUUCCCACGUGGCCACCAGCCUCGUCGGCGGCAGCGCCUCCAUCCGCGGCGUCAGCGGCGGCGAGCGCCGCCGCGUCACCAUCGCCAUGGCCCUCGUGACGCGCCCGCGCCUCGUCAUCAUGGACGAACCCACCAGCGGCCUUGACUCCUACACCGCGUACAACCUCAUGCGCACCGCCCAGGACAUCGCUAAGCACGGCCGCGUGGUGAUCAUGAGCCUGCACCAGCCGUCGCCCGACAUGUUUGACUCCCUGUCCCAGGUGCUGCUGCUGGCCAAGGGCCGCCUGGCCUACCUGGGCACCCCUGCCGGCGUGGGCCCGUCGUUCGCGGCGGCCGGCUACCCCUGCCCGCCCGGCCGCCAGCCGGCAGAGCACAUGCUGCACGUGGCGUCGCAGCCGGCCGGCCUGGCUGCACUCCUGCGCCGCGUCGCAGGCCCUGCGCAUGUCAACCUGUCCUAUACCUCUGCCAAGACGAAACUCUCGGAGCUCAGGAUCCCUUCCUUUUCUGCCAAGGGCUCAUUGGCGAAGGGCUGCGGCAGCCCGCGCACCAAGGCGCUGCAGGUGCUGAUGAGCUCCAAGUGCGAGGGCGGCGCCUCGUCGAGCACGAGCGCCGACGACGAGUGGCAGAUCGCGUCGGCUGCCAUCGUGGAGACACGCUCGGCUGGGCCGGCCGCGGCGGCGCUUUCCUGCGAUGCUGUGGAGGCGUUGGGGGCGCGCCAGGAGUUGAUGUUGCAGCUGCCGCCGCAGCACAGCCACCAGCACCUGCAUGGCGGGCAGCACCACGCGCCGCCCCCAGCGACGCCUGUUCCGGAGCACAGCAGGCGAUUCAGCGGCGUUGCCAACUGGGCUGGCGGCCUGCUGCGCGAGUGCUCAGUGCUCUACUGGCGCGCGUUCACCAACAUGCGCCGCGAGCCGCGGCUGCUCAUGCUGCACCUGCUAGUAGCGCUGAUCCUGGGCUUGAUCGUGGGCGCCGUCUUCUUCAAGCUUGACACCAGCAACGUUGGGCUGCAAAACCGCCUGGGCGCCAUGUUCUUUGCCCUGGCGCUGUUUGGGUGGACGAGUGUGUCUGUGGUGGACGGGCUGGUGCUUGAGAGGGAGCUGGUGGAGCGCGAGGUGGCGGGGCACUACUACAGCGGCAGCACCUACCUGCUGUCCAGCCUGGUGCUGGACGGGCUGCUACUGCGCACCCUGCCGGCGCUGCUCUUCAGCGCCCUGGUCUACCCCAUGAUUGGCCUUCUGCCCGAGGUGUCGCGCGUGGUGACGUUCAUGUUUGUGCUGGCCACCUACACCUGCACCGUGGGCGCCCUGACCACCGCGCUCACCGCACUGUGCCGUACCUCGUCCGCCACCACCCUGGCCAUGAACAUCAUCCUGCUUAUGUGGGUCCUGAUCGGCGGCUACCUGGUCAACCCUAACUCAAUCCCCGGCUGGCUGCGCUGGGUGCGGAGCCUCAGCCCCCUCUCGUUCGCGUUUGAGGUGCUUGCCGCCAACGAGAUGGCGGAUCAGUUUUUCAGCAUCCACGUGGACGGCCUGCCCUCCAUCGGCGGCAUCAAGGGCGACGUGUUCCUGCGCACGCUGGGCUUGGACCCUUCGCGCACGCUCGCGCGCUCGAUUUGCGACACCAGCCCCUUCUUUGGCGAGUCGGCCAGCUACAAAGGAUACCAAUGCGACCUUCAGGGGUUCCUGAGCAAAGGCUCUUCGGGCGUGGCCGUGUUUUGCAACGUGCGCGGGGAGAAGCUGCCAUCUGUUGAUGGCCCAAUAGGCCUGCAGCCCGGCGGCCUGCUGAGCGUCGACCCCUCUGCCAGCCCGGAAGCCAACCGCUUCUGCAAGUUCGAGGUCGGCCUGGUCGAGCAGCCAACCCGCCCGCUGGUCUGCAUUGCCAGGGGCUGCAACUUCUCCGCCCCUGGCUUCAGUUGCUCGUCAACAUACUGCCACUGCGGGGACGCCGCCGCGCCCGGCCGCGGCUGCCCGCGCCUGCUGCAGGGGCCGGCCGGCGCCACAACCGUCGUCGACGGCACCGCCGCAGCGCCUGCAGGCGCAGACGGCGACGAGCCGCGGGACGGCGCCGCGGCGCGGAGCGCGGCAACGUCUGUGGCCGUCGUCUCGGUAUUGCCGAUAGCGAUGCUGCUGCUGGUUGCCGUCAAGGGCGCGUCGGCGGCGCCCCUGGAUCAGACCCCUCUGCAGAUCACCACGCACGAGACGGGUCUGCCGGCGGCCUUUGUCUUCGACGGCAUAUCGUGCUCAGUCCCAGCGCGCCGCGCGGCUGGCCCUGCUCGCAGCUUCGCCGCAGUCGCCGCCAGCCGCUGCGCUGCGCUCCGACGCCAGACAGGCAACGACAACAGCGCGGGCACGGCUGUUGACCAGGACUCCCCUGAAGCAGCAGCGCCGCAGCAGCGGGCAUCUGAGGCAGCGGCAGCGGGCCGCAAGGUGCUGCUGCGAAACAUCUCCGGCACAGUGGAGGAGGGUGAUGUGCUGGGUGUGCUGGGGCCGUCCGGCGCGGGCAAGAGCACGCUGCUGUCCAUCCUCUCUGGCGCCACAGAGUCUGUGGGCACCGGCGCGCGCGUCGAGGGCUCCGUCACGCUGGGCGGCGAGGCGCGGCGCAGCGUGCUGCGCAAGGUGACGGCUUUUGUGCCGCAGAAGGACGUGCUGCUGCCCGCGCUGACGGUGGAGGAGUGCGUGCGCUACAGCGCGCUGCUGCGGCUGCCCAGGAGCCUGGGGGCGGAAGAUAUCCAGGAGCGCAUUGAUGGCGUGCUGGCGGAGCUGGGCCUGUCCCACGUGGCCACCAGCCUCGUCGGCGGCAGCGCCUCCAUCCGCGGCGUCAGCGGCGGCGAGCGCCGCCGCGUCACCAUCGCCAUGGCCCUGGUCACGCGCCCGCGCCUCGUCAUCAUGGACGAACCCACCAGCGGCCUUGACUCCUACACCGCGUACAACCUCAUGCGCACCGCCCAGGACAUCGCCAAGCACGGCCGCGUGGUGAUCAUGAGCCUGCACCAGCCGUCGCCCGACAUGUUUGACUCCCUGUCCCAGGUGCUGCUGCUGGCCAAGGGCCGUCUUGCCUACCUGGGCACGCCUGCCGGCGUGGGCCCGUCGUUCGCGGCGGCCGGCUACCCCUGCCCGCCCGGCCGCCAGCCGGCAGAGCACAUGCUGCACGUGGCGUCACAGCCGGCCGGCCUCGCUUCCCUUCUUGAGCGGUUUGAGGAGAAGCAGGGCGUUGCGGCAUGCAGCAGCAAGAUCCAGGCAAGCGGUAGCUACAACAGCUCGUGCAGCUGCCCAGUUUUUCAGCAGCAGCAACAGCAGCAGCAGCAGCAGCGAAAAGAUACCGGCAGCACAUUUGAGCUGCCAACACUGCUAAGCGCCGGUGGGCCGGCCUCGACUCCAGGCGCGCUCAUGGUUGAUGUGCAGGCCGGCCAGUAUGACGUCAGCCGCAGGGCCACCAUGCUUAGUGACAAUGCGGCAAUCAUCGGGGAUGGCGGCAAUGCCGAGCUUUGCGCUGGGGGGAGCACCAGCAUUGGUCAGCUGCCCAGCGCUGCGCGGCGAAGCAGCAGCAGGGGCCAAGCGCGCGAGUGGGCCGGCUGCGUGGUUCGAGAGUGCGCGGUGCUCUACUGGCGCGCGUUCACCAACAUACGCCGCGAGCCACGGCUACUCAUGCUGCACGUGGUCGUGGCGCUCGCCCUCGGCGUCGUCGUCGGCGCCAUCUUUUUCAAACUCGAUCUGUCACAGAUCGGCGUCCAGAACCGCCUGGGCGCCAUGUUCUUUGCCCUGGCGCUGUUUGGGUGGACGAGUGUGUCUGUGGUGGACGGGCUGGUGCUUGAGCGGGAGCUGGUGGAGCGCGAGGUGGCGGGGCACUACUACAGCGGCAGCACCUACCUGCUGUCCAGCCUGGUGCUGGACGGGCUGCUGCUGCGCACCCUGCCGGCGCUGCUCUUCAGUGCCCUGGUCUACCCCAUGGUCGGCCUUCUGCCCGAGGUGUCGCGCGUGGUGACCUUCAUGUUUGUGCUGGCCACCUACACCUGCACCGUGGGCGCCCUGACCACCGCACUCACCGCGCUGUGCCGCACCUCCUCCGCCACCACCCUGGCCAUGAACAUCAUCCUGCUCAUGUGGGUCCUUGUCGGCGGCUACCUGGUCAACCCCAGCUCGAUCCCGGCCUGGAUCCGCUGGGCGCGCUACCUCAGCCCCCUCUCCUUCGCCUUCGAGGUGCUCGCCGCAAAUGAGAUGGCCGACCAGUCCUACGUCCUGGACGUCUCAGGCUUUGCGAGGGUCGAGGACAUCGGCGGCGAGGUCUUCCUGCGCACCCUCGGCCUUAGGCCCGGCCACGUGCUGGACAGCGCCCUCGCCCUCGCCUGCUUUUACGCCGGCGCCGUGCUGCUCGCGUUCUGCGCGAUGGCGUUCGCGCUGUGGCGGCCGCGCGGCGGCCCUGGCGGCGCCUCGCGGUACUGUACAUUGCUGGGGCUGCUGCCGCUGCCGCUGCCGCUGCCGCUGCCGCCGCCGCCGCCGCCGCUGCUGCUGCUGAUGAUCAUGAUGCCGCUGCAGGUCUGA